AUGGUACCUUUCUCACGAGGAAAGUACAAGGGCACACUCUUGGUGGCGAUCGCAGCUGACGCAAAUAAUCAGCUCUUGCCUAUUGCCUAUGCACUUGUCGAGAGUGAAAACAAAGAUAGCUGGUUAUGGUUCCUCAGCUGCUUGAAGAUGGGAGUCGUGAUAGAUCGGCCCGAUGUUUGCAUCAUAUCAGAUCGCAACACAGGCCUUUUGAGCGCUCUCGAAAUUAUCAAGAAUUCAUCGGACCCUCUCUGGGGGUGGCCCGACCUGGAGACAAGGUGGUGCAUGAGGCACCUGGCUGCCAAUUUUUAUUCAAAGUUCAAGAACAAGGACUGGUUCAAGCUAUUUAAGAGGAUGUGCAUUCAGAAGACUGAGGCGAAGAUGAAUGCUAUUUGGGCUGGAAUCAACAAAGAAAUCGAGAGUGCUGCCUUGCCGCCGAGAGAAGACCGGAGGGGCCGGAGGACUGAAAUAAAUUUGAGUACAUGGAUUAAUCAGAACUGCCCUGAUUUAAGUAAGUGGGCGCAAGCUCACGACUCAGGGGCUCGGUACGGCAUAAUGACCAGCAACAUGUCAGAGGUUUACAAUGGCGUGCUGAAAGGUGUGCGAGCCCUCCCUAUCACAGCCUUGAUUACUGAAACUUGGAACCGGACUCUGUCAUACUUUGCAGACAGAGUGCAGGUCGCAAACACACGGUAUGUGAUGAACAAGCAAUGGUCUGAAAAGAUGCAACGACAUUUGGAUGAGAAAGCUGAAAAAUCCAAAAGUCAUGGGUUUCGUCAAAUUGAUGCACUUCAUAAUAAGUGGGAAAUCCACGUACGAGCCAAGUGGGUGAAAGGCCACCAUAGAGGAUCGAGAAAGCAAGCUGUUCAACUCGGCCCCAACACGUGUGAAUGCAGUUGCAACAAGCCCAAGCUUUUAGGAUACCCAUGUAGUCAUGUCCUUAGGGCGGCUGCAGCACAGAACAUCAGCGUGGAGAACUACAUAUCUCCCUACUUCAACAUCCAGAACCUACUCGGAACUUGGAACGGUGAGUUCUGGACCUGGGGACUCAACGGACACUAUAGGUACGAGUUUCCAGAAAGAACUACCAAAUGGGUUCCGGACCCGACAUUGAAGAGAACCGCGAGGGGACGACGCCAAUCUCGUCGUCAUAGGAAUGACAUGGAUCAUAGCCAGGCAGGAGAACCUCGCAUACAUCUAAUCCACGACGCGACUCAUCUCUACUUGAACGAUCACAGUCCGCACACAUAUCUCAACGCCAUGGUGCCACACAGGAGGACGAUCAUUUUCCGUCAUAUCCAUCUGGACAACGAUUCUCCUACACAGAAGGCGAAUACUCGCAAAGAUUCAACACUCAGGAAUCUGUUGACCCUACGUGGUCCAACAUGGGAGCUGGUUUAGGCCACAAUAUGCCUCCACUGCGUGGUCGUGACCACAUGCAAUCGCAAUACCCAACACAGGAAUCUUUAAUCCCGACAUGGCCCGAUAUGACGCAGCAACCACAAUACUACGGCAGCACUUCCCAACAACCUCGCAAUGAUGUUACCGGGAUAGUUGAAGAAUUCUUUGGAGGUGCUAUUUUCGGCACAGAUGCCAGUUUGAUUCCCCCAAAUCUGGAAUCUCCAUACAUAUUUCAGACU